CGGGCAGGGUGGAGAGGGUGCGGAUCAGGGAGACAGCACAUUCCUGAAGAUCACAGGAUUUCACGGCUCAGUUCCCACCGCGUGGAACGACAGAUCCUACCGAGGGGAGGAUUGCCUGGAGAGUUCCCGCAUCCCCGGGAGAGGCAACGAUGACCGACUCCACAGGGGCCGUUCUUCACACCCUCUGCCUGCUCAUCCUGGUCGUCCAGUCGGGUCGGUGCACGGAGUCUCCGGUGAGCGAGUGGCCCAGCAGCACUGAGGAUUAUGACCCCCUGCUGAGCGGGCCCGUGGACUACAGCGACUUCGUGACACAAUGUGAUAAGGAGGAUGUGCGCUCGUUCCGCCAGGUCUUUCUGCCGGCUGUGUACGCGCUGGUGUGUGUACUAGGCAUGGUGGGCAACGUGCUGGUCGUGCUCACAUACCUGUACUUCAAGCGGCUGCGGACCAUGACCGACGUGUACCUGCUCAACCUGGCGCUGGCCGACCUGCUCUUCCUGCUGACGCUGCCAUUCUGGGCGGUCAGCGUGGUGCUGGGCUGGGUGUUCGGGCCGGCGAUGUGCAAGGUGGUGCAUGGCCUCUACCGCCUCAGCUUCAUCAGCGGCAUGUUGCUACUCAUGUGCAUCAGCGUGGACCGCUAUUUCUCCAUCGUGCGCGCCGCCUCGGCCCACCGCCACCGCUCCAGGGCGGUGUACUGCAGCAAGCUGGUGGCCGUGGCCGUCUGGGUCCUCUCGGCCCUCUUCGCCAUCCCCGACCUGGUGUACAGCGAGCAGCAGGCGGGCGAUGGCUCCAUGCGCUGCCGCCUGCGGCAGGACAACAGCACCUUCAUCUACACCACCGGCCUCCAGCUAUCUCUCGGCUUCGUACUGCCACUCCUGGUCAUGGGCUUCUGUUACACGGUGGUGAUCAGGACCCUGCUCCUCGCCCGCAACUUCGAGAAGAACAAGGCCAUCAAGGUGGUGAUCGCAGUGGUGCUGGUCUUCCUACUCUUCCAGCUGCCGUACAACAGCGUGCUGCUCCUCGACACCAUCACGGAUGUCAACGUCACGGUGACCGACUGCCAGCUCAGUAAGCGCAUGGUGCUGGCGGUGGACAUCACCAAGAGCCUGGCCUACACUCGCUGCUGCCUCAACCCCUUCCUCUACGCCUUCAUCGGUGUCAAGUUCCGCCGCGACCUGCUCAAGCUGCUCAAGGAGAUGGGUUGUCUGGGUAGCCGCUCGCUGCUAAAACUGGUGGCGGGGAGACCGACGGGGUUCAACGGCACCCGGAGCUCCAUGGUCACCGAUACAGACAGCACCACCACCUUCUCCCCUUGAGGCGCCGAGCCUGCACUCACAUUCCCCGGGACGCGGCGGCGGCACCUACCGGUUAACGUUGAC